CAUGUGUGAUCAUAUGAAUCAUUUGCGUUCAGUGUUCACGGUGAUGAGUUCUGACCCUAUGGUCAUAUGACUCGUUUGUGUGUGCAGUGAUCGGUGGCUGGUUUGAUUCAGUAGUGUCCGGUGGUCGGUCGGUCAUGAGUCGCGCUCUGCUCGCGGUGUGUGUCGCGCUCGUCGCCGCUGUCGGUGAGCCGCUGUCGGUCCCGCCGCAUGAGGAGGUCGCUCGGAUGGCCCGGUUCGUGGUCAGUAAGUGCGACUGGGCUUCGAUGGCGACGAUCUCCACUCACGAUCCGGUAAAAGGACAGCCGUUCUCCAACGCCUUCUCCAUCAGCGACGGGCCCGUGGGCAACGGAACCGGAACCCCGUACAUGUACCUCACACACAUGGAGAUCUCUGUGCAGGACCUGCAGGUGAAUCCGCAGGCGUCUCUGUCCGUGUCUCUGGCUCAGACCAGCUACUGUAGGAAUCAUGGAUUCGAUCCUCAGAGUCCGCUGUGCGCCCACAUCAUCCUGUCCGGCUCCGUCAUGGAGGUGAACGGCAGCGAGGCGUCGUUGGCCAAAGCCGCUCUCUUCAGCAGACACCCGGAGAUGAUCGACUGGCCCACAGACCACAACUGGUUCUUCGCCAAGAUGAACAUCACACAGGUCUGGGUGCUCGAUUACUUCGGCGGAGUGAAAACCGUGACGCCGGAGGAUUAUUACCGAGCCACUCCGUACCGGAAACACGGAAGUGACAGUCAGUGAUCUUGGUGAAGUGGAUCAGAAUCACCGAUGGAACGUUUCAGAAGAGACUUGGACUGAUGAAUGUUUCUCAGGUCGACUCUGUUUGAAUCGUGUGUGUGUGUGUGACGUAUCAGUCACGUCUUGUUCGUUUCUCCAGAACAUGAUGUGGAAAUCUAGUUACUACAUUUUUCGUAAGCAUUUUAUAAAAUGCUUCAGAAUGAUUUUUGCAGUUUGCACAGGCUGUUCCCUUCGGCCGUUUGCAGAUUCACACUGAAUGCAAACGCAGCGCGACAUCUUGAUCUAAAUCUUAAGAAAGUCUCGUGAGAUUCACGUGUGAUCCAGAUGUUCAGUUUGAUGUCCUUCAGCAACUGACCCUUGACCUUUGACCCCUGCAGCAGGAAAUAUGAAUUUUUGCUCAUUUUGCUUGUCGAUCUGUUUUUACGCACAUCUGAUGUCUGAAACCACAGACGCCAGUCAAACGUCAUUUACUCCGAGUGAUUAUUUUUCUAACGCUGAUGUAUAUUUUAAUAAGUAUCUGGUUGUGCAGUGAAAUAAAGAGCUGAUCUUUG